AGGCGCGUCGCUCCACACCGACCUUCAGGCCGUUACAUGCACGGGGAUUUUUAAUCUGCACAUUUUACAGAAAUCAUGGGCUGUAAAAAAUCCAAGCUGGACGACGAGCAGGGCGGCGAUUCGCUCCAUAUGAAGAAGAGCGAACACGGACGUACAGAACAAACGGUAUAUGUGAGAGAUCCAACCUCCCAUAAAGCUCUCAAUAUAAACAACUCUCUUCCUCCUGGACUCCUGCCUGGUCAGAUGUUCCAAAAAAUGGAAGAGGAGCAGGAGCAGGGCAAAAUAGUCGUGGCGCUGUACCCGUACACCGCCAUCCACCAGGACGACCUGGGAUUUAAGAAGGGAGAGAAGCUGAAGGUUUUUGAAGAUCACGGCGAAUGGUGGAAGGCGAAGUCACUGAGCACCAAUAAGGAAGGUUUCAUCCCCUCCAAUUACGUAGCCCAGGUCGACACCAUGGAGACCGAGGAAUGGUUCUUUAAGGACAUCACGAGAAAAGACGCAGAGAGACAGCUGCUAGCGCCUGCUAACAAACCGGGAUCCUACCUCAUCCGAGAGAGCGAAACGUCCAAAGGAAGCUACUCUCUGUCCAUCCGAGACACCGGUCCUCAGGGUUCGGACGUGGUGAAGCAUUACAAGAUCCGGAGCCUGGACAGCGGCGGCUGCUACAUCUCCCCCAAAAUCACCUUCCCAGACAUCUGCAAAAUGAUCCAGCAUUAUCACAAACAACCGGACGGACUUUGCCGGAAACUGGAGAAACCGUGCGAUAAACCCAAAGCACAAAAACCGUGGGACAAGGACGCGUGGGAGAUCUCCAAAGAGUCCAUCAAGAUGGUGAAGAAGCUCGGGGCGGGGCAGUUCGGAGAGGUGUGGAUGGCGUAUUACAACAACAGCACCAAGGUGGCGGUGAAGACGCUGAAGCCGGGCACCAUGUCGGUCGAGGCGUUCCUGGAGGAAGCCAACCUGAUGAAGACGCUGCAGCACGAGCGGCUGGUCCGACUCUACGCCGUCAUCACCAAGACGGAGCCCAUCUACAUCAUCACCGAGUUCAUGGCCAACGGCAGCUUGUUGGAUUUCCUAAAGAGCAGCGCUGGUUCCAGCAUCCAGCUCCCCAAACUGAUCGAUUUCUCAGCUCAGAUAGCGGAGGGCAUGGCCUACAUCGAGAAGAAGAAUUACAUCCACCGAGACCUGAGAGCCGCCAACGUCCUGGUGUCCGAGAGCCUCCUGUGUAAAAUCGCCGACUUCGGCCUGGCGAGGGUGAUCGAGGACGAUCAAUACACCGCCAGAGAAGGAGCCAAGUUUCCUAUCAAGUGGACGGCGCCGGAAGCCAUCAACUACGGUUCCUUCACCAUCAAGUCCGACAUGUGGUCAUUCGGAGUCCUCAUCUAUGAAAUCAUCACAUUCGGGAAAAACCCUUAUCCAGGAAUGAGUAACAGUGAGGUGAUGAGCAGCAUCCAGCGUGGUUACCGCAUGCCGUGCCCAGAAAACUGCCCCGCUGAACUCUACGAAAUCAUGACCACCUGCUGGAAGAAAAAACCGGAGGACCGUCCCACCUUCGACUACAUCCAGAGCGUGCUGGACGAUUUCUACACGGCCACUGAGGGUCAGUACCAGCAGCAGCCAUGAACCCUGAACCGGGGGCGGCUGUAGGAGUUCGGACGUACCGAUUCUCACCACGUGUUUCAGUGUUCAGCGGCCUGGACCGGAACGUGUCAGAUCUGAUCUGAUACCCGUCCAAGACCUCCAGAACAGUAUCUACCAGGCGUUCUGCAGGAAGAACACUGAUCCAUCAGAGAGAAGAUGUGUAUAGAUGUAAAUAAUGUAAUAUUUUGCAUCCAUCAGCUUGCUUUUAAUUGAGCAAGAUCAAACUAUUUCUUCAAAUUGAAGUUUUAUCAGCUUGCCUGUAAAAUGAAGCUUCGCCGUAUGUCGAUUUGGUCCCACACUCCAUUCCUGUUUCAUUUUAGGGUCAGAUGUCACACGCUUUGUUUCUUGUACGCAAACGCUGUUCGUCCUCCUGAAAAAAAUCGAUCGUUCAUUAAAUUUUGUUAUUUACUGUAAUUGGAUCAACAUGAUGUGCACUUCUGUGUCUAAAUAAUUAUUUUUAUUUAAUAAAUAAAUGA